CUUUCCAAAUAAAAAACUAGACAAAUAAAUUGAAACUGAAGGAGAACAUUAAGCACAGCAUUAAGUACCGUACUUUUUGGCAAUGGAAAGCUGAACCUACAAACCAGAAUCAACUCCACCGGAAAUAAAGCAGUCUUUAUCCAAAUAGUUGGUCAAAUUCAACUAGUAUUAUUUAUUUUUCUUGAUCAAUAUACAUAUUAUUAUUAAACAUCAGUCUAACAAUUUUUAGUUUAACGAUUGGGUAAAUCACUAUUUAGAUUAAUUUUCGUUAAAGAAGAAGGGGAGUGUUAUCAUGUUAAGUGCAGAAUAAUUGCAGUACGACUAUUCAGAUAAAUUGUGCAUCUCCUUGGACAAAAUUUUACGUAAACUGUAUCUCCUUGAAUUCUAAAACUUUUGAGAUCAGCGAAGUGAUACUUGAUUAGUGUACCGUCUAUCUGCAUGCAAUUAAUUGGUCACUGUUAAACUACUGUGUUAAAAAGUAUGAUGAUGAAGCAAACGACACUAUUUAAGCGUCGGUCCGGAUCAACAUUUAAGAAUUGCCUGAGCGUUUUAAAAUACUAAAGCCCCUUCAUUUUCAGAUAACCCGAAAUGGCGACUGCUGAGACUAAAUUGAGCAUGAAGCUUUUGAUUGACACCAAAGCUAAUAAAGUUCUAUUUGCUGAGGUUGAUAAGGAUUGUGUUGAUUUCCUCUUUCAUCUUCUUUCAUUAUCAGUGGGCACUCUCAUUAGGCUUCUCAAGGAAAAAGGAAUGUAUGGGUGCUUGCCUAACCUCUACGGAAGCGUAGAGAAUCUGAAUGUCACCUAUAUUCAGUGGAAGGAAAUAAUUUUAGAACCCAAGUCUUCUGUUAGAAUUUCUUCAGUUCCUCUUCCUUUAUUGCUUAACGACGUUACGACUCUUUAUAAAUGUUCUUCCAAUUGCUUUUAUACUACCGACGUUCAUAACAGUGUAAUCUGCCCAAAUUGUGGGAGAUAUAUGUCAAGCAAGUUGAGUUAUGUUGCUCCGCCGGGAGUGAAGGGAGCUGAGGUUGCCAAAGGGGGUUUUCUGAAGGACACCGUAUACAUGGUGAUGGAUGACUUGGUGGUUAAGCCCAUGUCUGCCGUAUCUAGCAUUACCGGUCUUAACAAGUACUUUAAUGUCAAGGAUGUUAGUGUGCUGCAAGAGGAAGUUGUACAGUUUGGAAAAGAAGAGGCACUGAAGUUGUUGAAAGCAUCUUUUGAGUCGAAAGCAGUUCUUACAAGUGUUUUCCUGAGCCCCAUAAAAACAGAGAAACAGCUAGUCCUUGAAAAUAUUAAUGGAAUUGGAUGUUUCAGUUUGCUAAAAAAAGUACUAUUUGUUGAGGUUGAUAAGGAUUUUGUUGAUUUCCUCUUUCACAUUCCUCGUUGCCAGUGGGUACUGUCACUAGGCUUCUUAAGGAGAAAGGAAUGAAUGGGUGUUUGCAGAACAUCUACGAAAGCGUAGAGAAUCUGAAUGACACCUAUAUUCAGUGGAAGGAUAUCAUUUUAGAACCCAAGUGUCCUUUUAGAAUCUCUUCAGUUCCUCUUUUGCUUAAUGACGUUACAACUCUAACGUGCUUUUAUAAAUGUUCAUACUGCAGAUGACCCUAGCGCUAUCUGUCCAACUUGUAAGCGCGGAAUGUCAAGUAGGUCAUCGUCUAUUGCUCCACCUGUGAAGGUAGCACCAGGGGGAUUUGUUAAGGAUGUGGUGAAAUACAUGGUGAUGGAUGACUUGGUGGUUAAGCCCGUAUCCAUCGUAUAGCAUUACCGGUCUUAACAAAUAUUUUAAUGUCAAGGAUGUUGGUGCGCUGCACGAGGAAGUUGUUCAUUUUGGAAAGGAAGAGGUAAAUCACCUUAAUUUGGAUUUAACA